CGGGGGCGAGCGGGGGCCAGGGUGCGGGCGGCUAAGAUGAGUGAAAGGAGAAGAUCUGCAGUCGCCCUGAGCUCGCGAGCACAUGCCUUCUCCGUUGAAGCCUUGAUCGGCUCAAAUAAAAAACGGAAACUGCGAGACUGGGAGGAGAAGGGGCUGGACCUGUCCAUGGAGGCGCUGAGCCCCGCGGGCCCACUCGGAGACGCAGAGGACGCGGCCGCACACGGCCUGGAGCCUCACCCGGAUUCCGAGCAGAGCACCGGUUCCGACUCCGAGGUGCUCACCGAGCGGACCUCCUGCUCCUUUGACACUCACGCUGACCUGGGCCCUGGGGCUGCAGGCCCUGUGCCUGCUGCCAUGUCUUCCAUGGAGGAGAUUCAGGUGGAGCUGCAGUGCGCUGACCUCUGGAAGAGGUUCCAUGACAUUGGCACCGAAAUGAUCAUCACCAAAGCGGGCAGGAGGAUGUUUCCUGCCAUGAGAGUGAAAAUCACUGGUCUGGAUCCACACCAGCAGUACUACAUAGCAAUGGACAUUGUGCCUGUGGACAAUAAAAGAUACAGAUACGUGUACCAUAGCUCCAAGUGGAUGGUGGCUGGCAACGCUGAUUCCCCCGUGCCCCCAAGAGUUUAUAUACACCCUGAUUCUCUAGCUUCUGGAGACACGUGGAUGAGACAGGUGGUCAGUUUCGACAAACUCAAGCUGACCAACAAUGAGCUGGAUGAUCAAGGACACAUCAUUCUGCACUCCAUGCACAAAUACCAGCCUCGAGUUCAUGUGAUUCGCAAGGAUUUCAGCAGCGACCUUUCACCUACCAAACCUGUCCCUGUUGGGGACGGAGUGAAAACGUUCAACUUUCCUGAGACCGUGUUCACCACAGUCACGGCCUAUCAGAACCAGCAGAUCACCAGAUUAAAAAUCGACCGAAACCCCUUUGCUAAAGGAUUCAGAGAUUCUGGAAGAAACAGAACUGGACUGGAAGCCAUCAUGGAGACUUAUGCAUUCUGGAGACCCCCUGUGCGCACACUCACCUUUGAGGAUUUCACCACCAUGCAAAAGCAGCAAGGGGGCAGCACAGGCACUUCCCCGACCACCUCCAGCACUGGCACGCCGUCCCCCUCGGCCUCGUCUCAUCUUUUAUCUCCAUCCUGUUCUCCUCCAACUUUCCACCUGGCCCCCAACACCUUCAACGUGGGCUGCCGAGAGAGCCAGCUGUGCAACCUGAACCUCUCCGACUACCCGCCCUGCGCCCGCAGCAACAUGGCCGCGCUGCAGAGCUACCCGGGCCUGAGCGACGGCGGCUACAACCGGCUCCAGAGCGGCGCCGCCGCCGCCGCGCAGCCCUCCGAGACCUUCAUGCCUCAGAGGACUCCCUCCCUGAUCUCAGGAAUCCCCACGCCGCCCUCGCUGCCGAGCAACAGCAAGAUGGAGGCGUACGGCGGGCAGCUGGGCUCCUUCCCCGCCUCGCAGUUCCCGUACGUGAUGCAGGCGGGCAACGCGGCCUCGGGCUCCGGCUCGCCGCACGUGUUCGGGGGCGGCCACAUGCAGCAGGGCUCCUACAACGCCUUCUCCCUCCACAACCCCUACAACCUGUACGGAUACAACUUCCCCACCUCCCCCCGGCUGGCCGCGAGCCCGGAGAAACUGAGCGCCUCGCAAAGCACUUUACUCUGCUCGUCGCCGCCCAGCGGGGCCUUCGCCGAGCGGCAGUACCUGCCGGCGGGCGUGGAGCACGGCAUGCACAUGAUCAGC